GGAGUGGCAUCUGCGGUGGACGCAGGCCUGGAUGUGAGCAGCCUCUCUGCCAACUUCACCACCCGCUGGGACAUGGCAUCCGCCUUCUUCUUCUGUGGUACCAUCAUUACCACCAUAGACAACCUGAAAACAUCAUUCCUCUGGCCAUGGAAGUCGCUGACACAGAGGCAUUAUGAUUUCAAGUCUUGGCUUUGAUCCUUAUAAAGCACAGUCAGUUUUUACAUCCAACACCCAAAGUGAAGACUUGAAGGCUCUAAUAUAUACGACUCAGAUGUGUCUUGUGUGGCUUGUUGUGUUUGAGAGCUGCUCUGAAGUUCUGAGGUUGAGGGUUCAAUCCUCAGGAGUUGUAGUGAAUUUUAAAACCCUGCACUCAAAGAAAAAGGAUUCAACUGUCUGUCCAGAUAGCUUAGACUGUUAAAAAGACUAUUUUGAAGUUCAGAGGAUACAAGUUCAACCUUCAUGUAAUUCAAUGAUUUUUUUUAAGGCUGGUGCGCAAAGGAAAGACUGAAAAGCUUGAAGAAAAAAAAGCACUACCGUCUAAGUAAAUAGCUCAAGCUGUUAGUCAACUGACUGGUAGUUCUGAGGUUGAGGGUUCAAAUCUCAUUGAAGUCACUUACUUUUUGUCCAACAUCCAAAGUGAAGACUGAAAAGCUUGAAGAAAGAAUGUUUCACUGUCAAUCUAAGUAGCUCAAGCUGGUAGAAGAUGGACUGGUAGUUGAGAGGUUGUGAGUUCAAUUCUUAUGAGAAUCAGUGAGGUUUUAAAGGCUGGUGUUCAAAUGUAAAACUGAAAAGCAUUAAGAAACAGAACCCUACUGUCUAAGGAAAUAGCUCAAGUUGUUAGUCAACUGACUGGUAACUCUGAGGAUCAGGGUUCAAAUCUAGUUCAAGUCAACUAAUUUUUGUCCAACAUUUAAAGUGAAGACUGAAAAGUGAUCUGGGAGAGACUCCCAGUGCAAAGGGUACUUGGUGGUGUAGUGGGUUUGUUUGCGGCCGUAAGGUCGUACUGGUCCGGAAGUGGCUGGUUCAAAUCCAACUCAUUGCCAGUACCUGCAGCAUGGGGUAGGAGGAGGAGAGGAUGGCGGGUGGGAGGGGUGGUAAAUUGCUCCAGAGAGAGAAACAGGAGUUUUGAAAAAAAUUAUGACACACUUUAAUUUUUAUUGAGGUGGGUGGGACAGUGUUUUUGCAAGUGCAAACAUUCAGCCCCCCCCGAGCUAACAAGAAUUGGAGCAAACGUUUGCUAACUGCUGCUUAAAUUAUCAACACAUCCAUUAAAUUUUCUGUGUUUAAUUUGUCAGUGUCGUUUUUUCAUUGUCAGCACGUGAUUUGGGUCAAAACUUAAUUAUUUUAUCAGCUGAUUUUACAUUCUUCACCUAAGCUAGCAUUCAAGCCAAGCCUUUUCUAGUUCUACAGUAAUGAGAAGUUAGGAGAUGCACUUGUCUCUAGGCUGAACAAAGGUUAAAGUGUUUUUUUAACACCAAAGGAGUACAGAAGCCUUUUAGAUACGACAAUCUUAAGCAAGCUCUACAUAAACCAUACACCAGAUAUACCAAGUUAAAUACAACAUUUGAUAGAGAGGGAACCUGUCCAACCAGCUUCUUACUGCACCACAUUUCAAUCAUGCCCCGACACAAGUGUACACCUUAAUUUCCCAUUACUGAAACAGGUGUUGCUAGGCUAUCCUAGGCUACGAUGGUAGUUUAGGUUAAACAUGCAAAAUUAGCAAACAAAAGAAUAAAGUUUUGACCCAAAUCACAUGUUUACAACGAAAAACCUGCACUAAGCACAUUAAACACAGAAAAUCUACUGAAUAUAUCCAUAGUUUAAGGAGCAGUUACCAAAUGUUUGUUCCACGCGCUCCAGUUCUUGUUAGCUGCAUGUGGAAGGGCCGAGUGGCAAACAGGAAGUGGACGGUACCAACUGGAUUUAUAGGGGCGGACGCUAAGAAAAUCGCUUUUGAAAGAGUACAAAGGCUUUGGGAACCUGUCUCCUCGGACAUGGUACGGCCAGUUAUUCUGCGUGUGCUACGCCCUGGUGGGCAUCCCCAUGUUUGGCAUACUGCUGGCUGGAGUGGGCGACCACAUGGGCACGGUGCUGCGGAGAGCUGUGGCCAAGAUUGAGACGCUCUUCCUGGUGAGAAUGAAACGUAAGGUCAGGCCGACCACUGUGCGCGUGAUCUCAGCGGUUCUCUCCAUCCUGAUUGGUUGUCUGAUCUUCCUCGCCGUGCCAACAGUCGUGUUUCAGAAAGUGGAGUACUGGUCGUUUCUGGAGUCGCUCUACUUUGUGGUCAUCACUCUCACCACUGUUGGCUUCGGAGACUACGUACCAGGUGGUGGUCAUGAAGGCAUCCUCUUCAAGCCUCUGGUGUGGUUGUGGAUAGUGUUUGGUCUCGCCUACUUCGCCUCCAUCCUCACCAUGAUAGGCAACUGGCUGAGGGUGCUGUCUAAGAGGACCCGCGCUGAGAUGGAGGAGUUGAGGGCCCACGCCACCGACUGGACCCAGAACAUCCAGAACAUGUCCAUGGACUUCCGCAUCCCAAACCCUCUGGAGUUCAACGACCCCUUCCUCCUGCAGCGACGGCGCUGGAAACGCAGCGAGCGCCGGCGCAUCCGUCGAGGAGCCCAGGGCACUCUGGGGUACUGGGUUCGAGGUGGAUCUGAGAACGGACACCUGCCGAACCGCUGGGCCGGCCUCUCCAGCUCCAUGAGCCAACUGGAGGCGCAUUCGUCUCUUGAGAGGGCGGUGGUGGCUAAGUCCAGGCCGAGGGGCAGCGCUCCUGCAGAAGGAAUGGUCCUGAAAGCAGGGCCUGGAUUGAGGGUGGACCCAGCAUCGAGUCUGCAGGUGGAUGGCAGGUCGUUUCCUCACCUGCUGGCCCGCUCGUUCUCCCUCCCCGUGGCCCGCUCCACCUUGGAGCUGGACCCGGCAGGUGAAGCCAUGCAGGGAGAGUCUCUCUCUGGAUCUGAGUCUCCGUAUGACUCCAGAUCAGACGGCUCCUCCGUCUCCUUGUCAUUCCCAGCGCUCCACCGGUUCCAACCCUGCUGUACCAUCAGCGCAAUGGAGAACGGAGGAGCGAGAGCCACAGACACGGACACUCCACAAGAGAAAGACAAACUGAUUCCAGCAGAGAAAUGUGAAUCUGCAGCAAACAAUAACCACAAACACACAUCUACCCCUGCCUUUCGCCCUUACUCCUCCCCUCCUCCACCUUUUUUCCCCCCUUCUUACCCUCCAAUCAUGCUCCCUUCCCCUCCCCUAAACACCGCCUCCACAGCCAGCUGCCAGCUGCUGGAUUUCUUCGGGGAGAACCUGGCGUACAUCGACGAGUCCUCAGACACGCUGAGCGACCGCGGCCAGCCAGCAGCGAGCGAUGAGAAGAGGAGACGGCCGCGAAAACCCAAAAGGAGGAGCAUUAGGAGGCAGCUGUCACACAGGUGGAGCCCCCCACAGGUGAGGAGGCCCAAUGACAUGCAGCCACCGUCCAAUCCCCCUACACCACCUCCAGACUCCUCUCUCUCAGACCAGCCCCCAUCGGAGGAGCAGACAGAUUCAGCAUCCCGCACCAUGAUGACUGCCACACUCACAACACAAUGCCAAAGUCAGGACGAGGUGAAACAUUAAUGGUCCAAAACAAAGCUGUGGUUUUACAACGAAGCUGAGACUCAACAUGCAUACCAUAUCCAAAUCUCACUUUACAACCCAGCUAUUAACCAGCGCUAUUUACGGUCAGCCUCGCAAAGUCAGCCCACAAAUUUAGCUUUGUUACUUUGUGAUCUGGCAGAGCUCAAUAGACAUUUGCUCUGGGACAGGAGUCCCUUUAAAUAGACUACACAAUACAUGAUUUACAAGUGCUUUCUUUCACGUCAACACGAACCAGGAGCUCGUGACUCAACAAAUGUUCAGCUAGUCUGGAAAUGCUGUUUUUUUUUUGUUUUUUAAGAAAUUGGCUCCUAAGUGAAUAAAAAGUAAGAGAGAAACAGUCCUUUCAAACGAAGGAAUUAUACAUCACUUUAAAAAUCAACCACAACGAGUUUUAGAGGCUUUAGGAGGCAAUGAGUCACAUAAAUAUUUCAACAUCAUUACAUAUAAUUAUCUACUUUGUUGAUCUGGCCUUCAGCCGCUGAGCUCAGUCGAUUCUCGGCAGACGUGUUCAUCACUAAAUCUCAGAUUGAAUCUGGCUUUAUGAGGCUGACUUUUGGCGACUGACUAAUAGCUUUAACUUCUGUACAGAGUUUCCCACAAGGUUUUACAGCUGAGGUGGGCCACCUCACCUGAAACAAGACCACUUUGCCUCACUUCAGAAAAAAACACUUAAUACACAAAAUAUAACAAUAAAAGGGAAAAAGAAAAAGAUUUCACGCAGCAAAUGCUGUAUACUUGACAAGCAAGACCACCUCAGCUAAAAAAAAAAAUCCAUGGGGGAAAAUCCUGCAGCGGGUGGAGAAACUGAACCACAACAAUAGUACAUCAGCAUCAAAGCACAGCAAGGCCAUCAUCCACCCUCAGACCAGUGUCAGUCCUCUGUGUAAUGUCGUUCAACUGAACUCUCUGAGACUGAGACUCUCUGGUUGUUAUCUCUCUCCGGUGAUAAAACAAGUGGCUAACUACUUCCCUUAAGGGUUCUUUGAUCUGCUGCUUCGUGAAACUGCUCUUGAAUAUUUUUAAGGUUUAAAAAGGGUUAAAAAGACAUCACUCAGACCAAGUUACUGUCCACAGCUUCGUGUUAAAACGUUUGUGCUUCUUACACCAUGAUAAGCAUCUUUGUGUGCCGGCCUUGGAUACCAGUGGUCAGGGAGCUAUUAAAGCAACGCUGAGGUUUUUUUUAAAGUUUGUGGUGUUUACCUACUGUACGAUCAAGUGUGAGCACUUUUCCUUCUGCUGAUACAGUUGUUUUUGUUCCCCUUUGCCACACAAAUAAUCACACAGGUUAUUCAACUUGUGUAAAUGCCUUUCAAGUGCUAUCUGUCCUCAGCUGAACUCUGUUAGUUGCCUCAUAUGUCUUAUAUGUCCUAAUGACACAUUAAAGUGAUGAUUAUCAGA